AUGAUCCUCCUAAUCCAGCAGAAGCUAGAGCUGACCAGUGACGACAACGGUGGAACAUCUCGAAACACAAAACUUCGCGAUUUCUUUAAAGGAGGCCCGGAAUUGGAUAUGUCUUCCUCCGACGGGACUGACAAAAGGAGCAAUCUUCGCAUGGAACCACAAGAUCUUCGGAGACCGGAAUUUCUCUCCAAUCAACACAGUCACGAAGGCUUGUGCAGAUGCGAGGGAGUGGAAUGCAGCGCAAAUCCAGGGAACGGAGAAGAAGAAACGGCCAACCCCUCAAGGAAACUCCCGAAGACAUAA